AUGCUGCAAGGAUUAAGGAAAAAAAUCGGUCGUUAUGCAUCCGUUGGCGGCGUCGAGGAGACGCUCGAGGAGGAGGGAAGGCAGAAGCAGAGGCUGAAGGAAGAUGCUACGCCCAUGGAGGCGGCGGUAUGGCACUUUAAUAAGCAGGAUAGGACUCUCCGAAGACUCGAGACAGAGAUGAUACACAUGCUUGACCAGCUUCGGGUUGCUUUUGUAUCGAUGGCUACAGUGGCAGAAACGAUCUCGAAAAUCUGCAGUGAUAAAGAGAAAGAAAAGGAUUAUGUAGCUGCUAUGAAGCAGAUUGAACAGGAAGACACUGAACGGAUGGAGCAAUCCAUUCGGUUUACUAUCUUAGAUCCUUUGCAAGCAAGGCUGGAACGAUAUGAUCAGUUAAGGAAGGAAAUUCACAAUUGGGACAAACUCCGUGCGGGAGCUUUAAAAAUGCACUUGUCCCGAUUCGAAGAUGAUGAAAAAGGACUACACCUAAAGAGGGAUCUUUACACAUUACUACAGGAAGCAGAGGAAGCGUUACUGCCACAGUUAGAGGGCGCGAUUCGAUCGGAGGCUGUCACUACAGCCGCCUUGUUCAAGACAACGCGCCUUCAAACCGCGAUUUUCUUCCGAAAUGCUAGCCGCUCCGUCCAGUCGAGCCUUACGCUACCAGAACAGGAACUUGUUGUGGAAGCUAAUCGAGCCUUCAAAUAUUCUGCAGCUAUGAAUGUACCGUUGUCGUCAAAGAGCUUAAGCUUGGCAUCCGAUGGGUGGUCUGAGGUAGAUGGAUCUAGCUCGUCUACCGCACUUGACGGAGUCGAAGCAAUUUCCGGAAGUGACGAGGACGAUGAAAGUAAUGUAUUAUCAAUCACCUUCGAGAAUAUCGCGGCUGGAAGAGUGCUCCGAACAAGCAAAUUGACCGAAGUUGGUGCGGAACAGCAACGAGCAGACAAACCCAUAGUUACUCCAGCUUCGUGUCCAAUGAUAAGACAUGACGGCGACGAUGAGAAAGAGGUUCGAGGAAAGGAUGCCGAUGGUGAGCAGUCUAAUAAGCCUCCCUGCUCGACGUCUUUGUGGCCACGUACUGCGACCUUGAAGCCGGCCACACCUCGAAGAACAACAACUAUGCUCACGUCAAUCCGCAAAACACUUUGGGGCAAGCUCAGUUACGCAAGUGGAGAGACGAGAAUGAUUCGGCAGAGCUCUGCAUCUAUUACUGAUACAUCUGCGAGUGCCGGCCAGGGCGUUGAUUCACCGCGAAAAUGCGACGAAGAGCUUCAUAUCAUUCCUCAAUCCUCUAAAGAAUGGCUAGUCAUUGAAGACUGCCUAUGGGACUUAGAUAUGAGUGCGGCUCGAUCACCCGGAAACCCGCUGUUGCAGACAGAUUUAAUCAGCUAUGACGCAGAUGACAUUCUGUCUAGACUACUUCAAGAGGACGAUUCUCUGUGCUCCGAAUGUCUAUCAUAUCUGCGCAUCGAAGACCUUGCGCGUCUUACCAAGGUCAAUUUCCGGCUCCAUUCUCGUUUGGUUGAUAGCGCUCCAAUCUGGAAGAAGUGCAUUAGAUCUGGUGGUCUAUCCCCAGCAAUUCGCAGUUCGCUGUGGCUCUCAGUAUUUUACGAGUCUACACCAUGGCGGUCUAGCGCGAUUGUGUCGCAUUACCUAUCCGCUGACAGACGUCGCAGUAUGUAUGACCAGCUGCUGACGAAAGAAGGAACGAGAUUGGCUGAUGAAGUCAUUGGAGAGGGACCGUCAUCGAUAAAAGAGGAUGCCCAACUUGCAAUUUGGUUUCGGGAAAUCGACGUUGACGUCGUUCGCACAUGCCACCGGACCAUCUGUGCUAAAGUAAUGCCGCGCACAUUUUCAACAAUGCCGACUGCGGCUGACAAUGAAGAUUCCAUCGAGUCCAUUUUGAAGGAAAUGGUGAACACUAUCGUCAGAACUGAGAAAGAGGAUACUUCUUUAUGUGAUUCGUACAGGAGCCCCAGCACAAAUUUUACCAGUGUGAACGCGAGAAACUUAGAUCUGGAAGCAAAAAUGCGUCGCGUGCUCCGUGCGUACGUCGUGUAUAAUCCGCGUGUGGGCUACUGCCAAGGUAUGGGGUUCAUAGUACGCUUGCUGGCUGAAGUAGCCGACGACGAAGCAGACAUUUUCUGGCUGUUCGUGGGAUUUUCUGAGCCAGAGAAUGACCAGAAUCUCUAUGAGCCCGGAAUGGCUGUGCUACAACCGUAUCUGUCUAAAUUCGAGCUGCUUUUGUCGAUACACAUGCCAAAGCUGUACUCACACUUUCAAGCUGAGGGUGUUCACGUGGCUGCAUUCUGCACUCGAUGGUUCUUGACGUUCUUUUCGUCAUUUGAGGCAUUAGCACCGACUCUUGUGACUCGCCUGCUUGACAUUUUCAUCAUUGACGGCUGGCGUAUCAUGUUCAGUUUUUCGCUUGUCAUCUUGGAUGAGCUGCAGAAACAGCUAUUAAAGUGUGAUAUGGAGGGUAUUUUGCGCAUCCUUCAGUUCCCACGCAGCUACAUGCCUGAACCUGAUCAGCUUCGCCAGCGACAACUUGUUCGACAUGCACUGGCGUUCAGUGUGACUCGCGCGAUGAACUCGAUCUGA